AUGUGGGAAUGCGGUUCAUUGCUGGACACUCGGCGGAGAUGUACGCAGGGGAACGGGAGGUCUCGGAGGCUGGCGGGCGUCCAAGUUAACGAGCACUUUUUAGGGAUGAGGGUCGGAGUCCCGGACGGCUGGGUGUCGCUCGGAACAGGCCUGCUGGGUGUUUCCCCCACAUUGGACCGGAGAUUUUCUGCCUUGUAGUGAGGAGAAGGAAGGGGGGGGGGGGACGGAAUGAGAGACGCCGAGAAGGAUUCCCCAUCACUAUGGAGCCACGCAUUGCAGGCAGCUGUCAAAGGUGACAGUGCAAUGAAAUACACAGCAUCUAAUCCUCAACUAUAAACCUUCACUUGGUGCUGCUGCACGUAGAGGGAUAAAUACAGUGUUGGAGUUUGUGAAGACAGGCGCAACAUCAUGUUCUACGGUUCUUCAUCUGGGGCCAGCAUGUCCCUACCAUCAAAGAGCCGCCUGAAACGCCAGAGCAGGACCUUCACACAGGUCCUGUACCGCACUCUGAGUUACCGAGACCGUGUCCCAGCAGAAACUGGAACAAACACCCGAGGGGACCGGCGCUCGACAACUGAACCCCCAGAGCGACCAGCGGACGAUCCGGCUGAGCUCUCCACUCAGAGCUCAGCCCCUGGUGUUCUCAAGAUCUUCGGAGACGAAAUCUGUGCCGGUGCCAACUACAAGAGUGUCCUGGCCACGCCGCGCUCCAGCGCACAGGAACUGGUCAAAGAGGCGCUGGAGCGUUAUUCUCUGAACAAGGAUGCUGCUCACUCUUAUGUCCUGUGUGAUGUGAUCGGACGGUUGGAGGGCGGGGGCGGGAUUGGGGGAGUCGGAUGGCGGACUGAAUGCUUACGUGCACUUGGGGACAAUGAAAAGCCCCUGUUGCUCCAGGAACUAUGGAAGCCCAGAGAAGGACACGCUCGCAGGUUUGAGCUGCGCAGGAGAGCAGAGGUGGAAGAACUCAAUGCCAAGGAGAAGGAUACCAUCACUGCUGCUGUAGGGACCAAAACCCCACAAUUCCUGGCGGCUCUAAUGGGUCGGUCUGGGCUGGGCAAAUACAGGAGUUCCCCUCUGCGGUCUGGUCGGGUGGUACAGUCCAGCUCUAAAGAUAUUAAUGCACAGGCUCGAAAGCUCCAGAGGAACAGGGCAAAAGGGACCCUGACCCUGCCCCGGUCCAGCAACUCAUCCUUCUGCCGCAGCCUCAGCGAAACCAGCCUCAACCAGUUGGGAGUGGGAGAUGAGCCCAAGCGUUAUUAUUCCACCUUGCCAGGGCCGUUACGGGGAAGAGAGCGUGAGGCAGUCUCCAGUGGUCGGAGAAAAGAGGAGGGGAGUCAUGGAGGGGGGGUCAAGCACUCUUUGUACCAGUCUCCUCAUCUACUGCUGCUUCAGGGAUACAAUCGGCAGGACUGCUUGGUGUAUCUGCUGAACAGAGAGCAGCACACCGUCGGUCAGGAGACUCCAUCAGCCCGCCCAAACAUCUGCCUGUUUUCUCCUGACAUCAUGCCCCUGCACUGCCGUCUGCGCAGAGUGCCUGCACCACGCCGCCAUGCCAACAACAACAAGGGAGAAGACAUGGGGGACAGUCAGAGGUUCUGUGUGGCCGUCGAGCCUGUGCUCCACGCCACAGUUCUGGUGAACUUUUCUCGUUGUGAACGCUCCACCACGCUGCGACAUGGUGACCUCCUCUCCUUUGGAGCGCAUUACAUCUUCCUGUACAAGGACCCCACGGGAGCUAAGCCUCUGCCAGCUCAGACUUUGGCACGCCUCCGCACCCUUGGGCAGCUUUACGAUGCAGGGACGGAGGACGGAGACGGUGGGGCUCAGACUUGUAAAAUGUGUGGAUCUGUUCUGAAGGACAGGGCAGGGCAGGUGUCGAGUGCUCCGGCGGUCAGACGCACCUUCAAACCUCACCUGGUGAAGCCCCGCAGCGGGGGCAAUGCAGUGGGGGCACCACUUAGUUUGGUGGCUGGGGAAGGAGGAGGAGGAAGAGGAGGAGGUCAGAAGAGGAGGCUGCAGCUGGAGUUUGACCAGGCUCACGAAGACCAGCUGUUGAACAGGAUCAUGUCUCUCAUUGAACCUGGAGGAGAUGACCAUAAACUGACCCCAGCCUACCUGCUGUGUCUGUGCAUACAGCACUCUGCUUCAAACUUUCCUCCUGGGAGUUUUGGAAAGCUGCUGCUUAAGAUUGUCAGGAGAAUCCAAACCAUUGCAUGGGAGAAGACAAAGGAGCUGGCUCAGAAGCAAGCUCAGCAUCAGGACCCGGCCUCGCUGUCUCUGCUCAGCAUCUCAGACUUGGUCCCGGACCUUCAGACCAUCUUCUUCUGGAUGUCUAACUCCAUCGAGAUCCUGUAUUUUAUACAGCAACGAGCACCAGCGUACACACACAGCAUAGAGACACUGCAAGGGUCAAAGGAGUCGCUGCUAUCGGCGACAAUAUCAGCCAAUGAGGAGGCAAUGACUAUCUUGGAGGAAGUAAUCAUGUACACCUUUCAACAAUGUGUCUACUAUAUCACCAAGGCUCUGUAUGUCGUGUUACCAGGUUUGUUGGACUGUAAUCCAUUCCCAGUUGACGGCUCGGAGCCCUGCUGGAAAGGAGGUGUUGGGUUUCCUGAACCUAUUCGCAGGGUCUUACAGGUAUUUCAGAGCGGUCAAGAGCUUCUGCAGGGCUACCAGGUUCACCCGGAGAUUCAGGCUCAGAUGUUCGCUUACCUCUUCUUCUUCUCCAAUGUGUCACUAUUUAACCAGCUAAUGGACAAAGGUCCAUCUCGGGGUUGGUUUCAACGCUCCAAGGUGUUGCAGAUUCAGGCGUGUUUGCGGAUGGUCAUGGAGUGGGCGAGCAGAUCUGGACUGGGACAUCUGGCCGACAAAUUCUUCACUAAGCUAAACAGUGCUGUCUCCAUACUGGCCACAUCACCCCAACAGCUUACACAGGUAAGCUGGCGUGCGUUGUCCAGUGAGCAUCCGGCACUGAAACCAGUCCAGUUGCACAGGAUUCUGACCCAGUACCAGCUUACAGCAGAGUUGGGCCCUGUCCCCGUGUGGCAGCCCAGCAGUGAAGACGAGGCUUAUAUUUACAGAACAGUCGACCUGCUGGAGAGUUUUGAGAACCACCCCCCUAUCGUGUUGCCCAGCGCCGGCUUCAGAGUGGACCUGGACAGUGAGUGUGUAGAAGACAGCAUCUACAGACAGCUGCUGUACAUCCGACACUACCUGUGGGGGCUGCGCACUAAGACGCAAACACACAGCAACACCCCCAGCGUGCACACACACUCCAACGGCACCAACACAGCUGACUGGCCCGACGUCCAGAGGGAGUUGUUGCCUCCGGCCCAGAGCAGUCCUCGCUCCGGGGCUCCUGGAGAUGAGACGACAACAGAGACAGGAGAGGACAGAGGACGAGACAGACCCUCCAGCCAAUCACACACACACAGCCUGAGAAGGAACGGCACCAUCCACCACCCCCGAACGGCCAACCCAGACCUGUCCUGCCUGCUGACUCCGCCCCACACACCACUGUACCCGGGAGGUGGAGGAAGUGGAGGAGGAGGAGGGCCGGUCAUAGGCCACAACACACAGACAAACGGCUGCACCAGCAGAACUGUGGCAGAAUGUAAGAAGACCAAUGGACUCAUCACCAACGGACUGGAAGUGGAACUGGACAAAGGACCGUAUGGACUGGGCAUGGGACUCAUUGACGGACUGCACACUCCCCUGAAUGCUCCAGGCAUUUACAUCCGGACUCUGAUCCCUGACGGACCCGCUGCCUCUGACGGCAGACUGAGGAUCGGAGACCGCAUCCUGGCAGUGAAUGGGACCAGCCUGAUCGGAGCGGACUACCAGAGCGCGGUGGAUUUGAUUCGUCUGGGAGGCGGUCGGCUACGUUUCCUGGUAGCCAAGUCUGACCCGGAAGUCUCCGAGAAGAUCAGUGCCUCAUCCUGCUGACCGCCACUGCCUCCCCCCCCACUUACCAAGACACAAUGCACAACGGGACGACACCAGACCCAAGAGGGAGGACAGGGUACACACAAACACACACACCUAUGCAUACACAACGCCGCAUGAAAUAUGAAUGUGAAUCCUACGUCAGCACAAAGGCAAGCCAUCAAAGUGGAGAUAACGGCGCAUGGAUUUGCUCACAGGAUCCAUAACGGACGGCGACUUCAAAGGGAGACGCCGCCUAAUUAAUCAGCAUUCGAAGCAGGCGCCGUCGAACCAGUCAGUUUGCAGUGGGAUGUGGUUGAAAGCACAGUAGAGCGUACGUCGUUCAUUUCCAGUUCAGUCAGCACUCGAAGCAUGUGCACACAUCAGACACGGCUUCUUUUUCCACAUGUAUUAUAGAAGAAUUUGUACUAGUCUGUAUUUCAGAUGUUCAGUAGCAUGGUGAAAUAGCUACACAGCUCUCAGACAAACGGCCGGACACAGACCGAAGACGUACCUCUGCUCGUCUUUUGCGAACGCUUACACACUUGCUGUAGAAUUCGGCUCCUUUUGUUUUGUCAAAGCCAAUGAGACGCAACACUUCUACGUCAAAAUGAAACUCUGCCGUCAAACUCUACUUUUUUAGGAAAUAUCCACAGAAGCAGCAUCUGAAAGUAACUUUGAAAGUAGAAACACACCGACAUUCUUAUUUUUCUCUUUUACAGUCAAAGAUCUACUCGCAUUCCAAAGAACACAAAAAUAGAAAAAGCAUCAGAAAAUGUACAGCUUUUUUUGUGCAGGUUUUUAAAAUGAAAAGAAGCUCCAACAAAAUAACAAAUAAGGGACAAUUCUACAGAAGUACAUUGCAUUGACAAAAGAGGGGAAAAAAAUACAGUCGAGAUCAGCAUUCAUCAGAACAUCAAAUUUAUAAAAAAAUAACCCGGAUGUAACCUAAAAAUACUAAUAUAACAUAGACAAAGCUGAGAAACCAACUAACAGUAGUCCAACUUAUUUGUCAAGUGUAACUGAGUUACUUAUUGUGAAAUUAUAGAAGUAAAGUUUAAAUAAAACCAAGAUGAGUUUAUUUUUUUUUAAUUUGUUCAUGAUUAAUAUUUUGUUUAUAAUGGUUAAUUUUCCUUAGAAAGUGGGUCAGAUCAAGGGGUAACACGGGGACACGUUUCCUGUUCAGCAAGUUCUGUGUUUAAACUAAAUAACUUAUCUCCAUGUUUAACACAUGUAUGAACAGUUCUCAGUAAGUACUUUCACAUGAAACAUGUUAUAAUUUACAGAAAUAAAAUUUUGUUACAUUCUGCUGUGUGACAGGGACUCAAAAUUAACCUCUUUUUUUCCACCUUACACAAAUAUACAAAACAUGCUGCUCCCAUAAGAAAUUGAUCCUAAAUUAAACAUAGGACUUUAGCUUUGAUGUUAAACUACAGUUGUGAUCAAUAUUGGACAAAAAUGUUGAAAUUAUAAGUUUUUAUAUGUGACACAGGGACAACAGUUUUUGUUCAGUAAUCAGAAUAAAAGACUUCGCUGGAACUAAAACAUUACAAAUAUGCUAAUAAACUUUUAUUGAACAUACAUAUUACAACUGAAGUGAUAUAUACAGCUAAUAGCAGAGCAUAGUUGACUAAUAAUUUGGUUGGUCGUAACCUUUCUAUAUUCUUGCACUGUUGAAUAAUUAGUUCCUACAGAUUCACAGACUUACACUUACUUACACUUAUACAAGGAAAAACAAAUAUUAUUAUUAAAGUUAGCAGUGCAUUUACAUAUUUUAGUCCUUUUUAGGUUUAAUUUUAUAUUAAUUAUAUCUUUACAUCCUUUUUUCUACAAGUGAUACUGAAAUUUUGUAAACAGUUCCAUAAAAUAGAGUUCUUAAGCUAAAAAAUGAGCCUAUUUGAGAAAUUUUUGACACUGAUGUUCACUUUCGCUUGAUCUGUCCCAUGAAGUGAAUCUAAGGAAUAGAAUGAAAAAAGUUUUCCUGGAAAAAAAAAAAUCUAGAAAUGGACAUGAAGCUUUAAUGACUGAACUUUGAUAAAUCAUAAAAACUGUGUUGGAUCUCAUCUUUUCUUUGGAUAUAGGAUACAAAUCAAACUGUUUGAUUUUGUGUAAUAAUUAAGCUUUGGAUUUAUUUAGACUUUUUAUCUUCUAUGGAAGUCACAUCCAAUAAUAGACCCAAUAAGUCCCAUAUGUCUUAUAUUAAUACUACAAAUAAAACAUCACUCCUUUUACUGGAUUUCUAGUUUAAUUUUAAGUCAAGAUUUACAUCAAAAUCUAUUUUUAAGUAGAAAUUUAUUGAUGAUAAAUAACCACACUUUUUUUUUUAUAACUUAGGAAUCUAAUUUCAUAAUCAUCAGACAUGAUUUAUUUUUUGAAUGUAAUGUACUUCUGUACAGUUGCAAUAAUCAGCAUAUAAAACAUGCUGUUCAAAGGUCAAUAAAAAUAGUAUUAAGAGAUUAAAAGGAGAUUAAAAGGAAGAGGAUGCAUUUACUUCUGGAGGAAGAAGAAAACUUUGCAUUGUUUUAGUCCUGUAUCCAGAACAGUGUCUCAAAUAUUUUAAUGAUCUACUGUAAAAUUAGGAGAUCUUACCUUUUCAGCAUGUUUUUAUACAUAAUUUACUGAGUUAAUUUGGAUUAAUAAAUAAGUUUUAUAAUUUAACUUCUCUCAAGGAUUUCAGAAAAACUGUUCUACAUAAAAUCACAAGUGGUUUAAUAAUUCUUUCCAAAGCUGUACAUCACAAAUCUCACCUUGUGUCACCACAUCAAACCCUGCACUUUCAACUCAGUUUGACUCAUUUUUAUUUAUAUAAAACUAAAUCACAACAAAUAUCAUGACACUUAACAUAAUAAAUCAGUCUAAUGUGAAAAUCAUACAGUUCUGAUUUUCAAUAUGUGUUUCAUGUUGAACAGAAGUGCUUAUCCAGUGGUUACAAUGUUUUCUGUACAGCAGUGUGGAGGGUUUUAUAUUAGUGUGUUGCAAAAGUGCAAAGCGGAAAAUGUAUAUUUUGAUGCCUUUAAGGCAUGGUUACAAAAACAGUUCAGGUUUUGACACCUCUGUUCAUUUUCAGUGUGUAAGCAAUCACCAAAAAGUCCUCUCCUCUUGCAGCAUUUGCAGUGAACACUGGAUGUUUUCCAUAGUGCUUUUAGAGUGGAAUGUUUUGUAAACCUGUUUGUUAUCAGCUCCCAAAGCACUAUCAGCCUGUACAACAGACUGAGGCAUUGUGUAUGAAUGUGGACUUCUACCGUGGAGUGGAAGCAAACUCAAGAAUGUCAACGAACCACAGCCCAAUGUUUUUGUUUUAUAUUCAACUCCAUGAUGAAACUUUAGAAGAGGAUGAAUGUACAGCUGGAGUGGGACUUUAUUCAUGACCUGAUGAUCACGGUGACAUGCUUCCUUCUGUUUCUGAUGCACAAUCUUGUAUAAAAACCAUCCUCAUGUUGUGAAAAUACGCUGUAUGUUUGUGUGUGUGUUUCAGAAGUGUAAAUAGUGCUUUGUAAAUAUUCAAUACUUGGUCACAUGGUGUUGGGACUUUCAAAAGAGAAUCUGCAUUUGCUAAACUAUGAUUUUUUUUUUUCUAAAACAUGUCAGUAAACACUAAAAUCUACUGAUGGAAAAAAAGAAAACAGUAUUUUCUGGUCGUAGAAACACCUUGAACGCCGUGUCUAGGUCACUACAGGAGAAAAGGCGGUGCUCAGUCAGUUGGAUGCUGUUGUGGUCUGAGUUCCCCAGAGACGAGCCGGGCCUCCGCAUCAGGACCAGGAGGACAAACAGCCACUACACCUGCACAUCCUGACACACUCGAGCCAAGUAACACAAGGUACAACUGCAGUACAGAUACAGAAAUGAUCAGGUUGUUUAUCAUUAAAUGUCAGACAAUUAAAAAAAAAAAAAAAAAGCCCUCAAGUCUGACACAACUGUCUACACUGGAAGUAAUCAAAUCGGAUUUAUACGAACAGACGUCACCGGUCUAUCACGUGGUUGCUACAGUAACGAUGUUGGCAUUCAUUACUACGUAGCUCCACCGGUGAUGCAGCACCAGCGUCUCGUUCUUUACGACUUUGGAGGUGACUUGUACAGGCAAAGUUUAGCAGUUUAUUUCAGUUUUUCUUCAUGUUGUAUUUCUCGUGACGUAUGAAAUUUCCUGACCAGAAGUUAACUUAGGUUUUUCUUGCCACUUCAA